GUCCAAACGGGAUCUCCAAGCUAGAUCUUCGUCUUGGAACGAAGCCUCGAUGUGAUAUCCACCAUGCAGGCAGUCGACAAUUUUCUGGAAAUCCUUCAAAGUUUGGACCAACAACGACUACUGCUGUUGUCACUGUCAGCAAUAGGGAUUGGACUUGUAACAUGGUACCUGAUAUUCAAGAAAAAGGUUGCAAAGACCAUCCCCUUGGGUCAGGGUUGGUGGGCGAGAGGUGAGAGAUCACUCAGUGAAGGUGAGACAAUACAUCCUUUCACAGUAGAGGCAUCUGAGGAUGAAAUUCAGGACCUUUAUAGACGUAUUGAUCAAACAAGGUAUACUGAGCCACUGGAAGAUGGCCGCUUCCAUUAUGGCUUCAAUUCUGUUUACCUCAGAAAGGUUGUGUCAUACUGGAGGAAUCAAUUUGACUGGAACAAGCAGGUGAAGGUGCUGAACAAGUAUCCACAUUUCAAAACCAAAAUAGAAGGACUGGAUAUCCACUUCAUUCAUGUGCGUCCACAGUAUCGCGAAGGACAGAGGGUCUUGCCUCUCAUGCUAGUCCAUGGAUGGCCAGGUUCUUUCUUUGAGUUCUACAAGAUCCUUCCACUGCUCACAGAGACACAGGAUGGCCUGGCAUUUGAAGUCAUCUGUCCCUCUAUCCCAGGAUACGGCUACUCAGAAGCCCCACAAAAACAAGGAUUUAACUCGAUGGACGCUGCUCGAGUCUUUCUGAAACUGAUGGAGCGUCUGGGAUUCACAGAGUUCUACCUUCAGGGGGGUGACUGGGGCUCUCUCAUCACGACCAAUAUGGCCCAGAUGAAGCCUGAAUGCGUCAGAGGCCUCCACUUGAACAUGCUUGCUGUGACACAGGGAGGUCUUGGUAUGCUGCUGUCUCUGAUCAUUGGACCAUACCUGCCUUUCCUGGUUGGCUUCACACAUGAAGAUGUCCGUCGGCUCUUCCCAUACUUUGAAAAGAAUGUGUAUGAGAUACUGAAGGAGUCGGGGUAUAUGCACAUUCAGGCCACCAAGCCAGACACAGCAGGCUGUGGAGUGAACGACUCCCCAGUUGGGCUGGCUGCCUACAUUCUGGAGAAAUUCUCCUCUUGGACUGAUAAGCAGAACAGAGAUCUAGAAGAUGGGGGCUUGGAGAGGAAGUAUUCCUUGGAUGACCUUCUCACCAAUGUUAUGAUCUAUUGGACCACUGGAACUAUUGUCUCCUCAAUGCGUUUCUAUAAAGAGAAUCUGAAAUCCAGUCCAAUGAACAGAAUAGACAACAGGACUGGCAUUUAUGUGCCGAUGGGAUUUGCGGCUUUCCCCCACGAGCUGCUUCACUGCCCCCAGGCCUGGGCCUGCUGGAGGUACAAGGACAUCCGCUCCUACACCUACAUGUCCAGCGGGGGGCACUUCGCUGCCUUUGAGGAGCCCAAGCUGCUGGCAGACGACUUUGUGCAGUUUGUAAAAAAGGUGGAAUGCAAAAAAUCUUGAAUUGUCUACACACCAUAUUUACUUGUGCUUAAAAAGCUAGCCUAAACUAGCCUAAAAAGAUUUAUUAGGUUUGCUUGUAAAAUUGUAAAAUUAAAUAUUGCAGUGAUAAUAAAAUAAUCACCUAUUAUU